AUGAUCCACCGCGAAGUAGCCGAUGGUCUAGAGCGUCUUUGGAACGUAAGAGUAAACUGCAUAUGGGAAGCCGAUGAAAGUAGUCGCCAUGGAGAGGUUUAUAUAUUCGACCAUGUAUUUAAGCAGGAAUGUACAAAUUCAGAUGUAUAUGGAUCUGUAGUAAAACCUUUAGUCGAUUCCUUCAUGGAAGGUUUCAAUGCCACAAUAUUUGCAUAUGGCCAAACAUCUUCUGGCAAAACACACACCAUUUUGGGCAAUAAAACAGAUCCUGGGCUUUUCCAAUUAGUAUCCAAUCAGUUAUUCCAGCAUGUGGCAGACCAGGUUGAUAAGAGGUACUUGAUUAGAUGCAGUUAUAUUGAAAUCUACAAUGAAAAGAUCAAUGACCUCCUGGAUAAGAGCAAUCAGGGUUUAACUAUAAGAGAAGAUAUCAAAGGAAAUGUGCUGCUUGAUGCAAGGGAAGCUGUCGUAGACAAUGUUGAUAAAGUUAUGGAGAACAUGAUGCAGGGCAAUAAGAUCAGACGAGUUGCAGCUACUCGCAUGAAUGAGAGGUCAUCUCGAUCACACACGAUUUUCCGGAUUAUUCUGGAGUCGAAAGAUGCCAAUCAGAAAGAUGGACCUGUACAUAUAAGCUACCUUAACUUAAUGGACUUAGCUGGUUCUGAGAGAGUUUCUCUGACGAAAGCUGCUGGUGAGCGUCUUAAAGAGGGGGCUAACAUAAACAAAUCUUUGUCAGUAUUAGGAAAUGUGAUAAGGCAACUAAGCGAGGGGAAGGAGUUUAUCAGUUAUCGCGAUUCGAAAUUGACUAGACUGCUCUCACAGGCUCUUGGCGGUAAUGCCAAAUCAUUGAUUAUCGGGAAUGUUACUUUAGCUGCAGAGGAGGAGACUAGAUCUACACCAGAAUUCGCCCAAAGCACUAAAACUGUCAAAAAUAAAACGAAAGUAAACAUCUUGUCAGCUACAGAAGAGACACUUCAAGGAUAUCAGAACUUGACUCGCGAUCUCGAAACUCGGCUCAAAAAGCAGGCAAUUAAGCUAAAAGAGAUGGAUAAAAGCAAACAAGAGUAUCUGCUCGAGAUAGAAAGACUAAAAACGGAAGUAUCUAUUGUCGGGCGCUUUCAAAUGGGAGCCUCGGCAUCAACACCGAAAAAAACAUUAAGACGUCAUACUUUUGGACACUAUGGCAACGUAUCACCUAAAAAAGCAUCCCUAGGGUAUAUGCCAUUGAAAAAUUAUCCACCCAAAGAAGAAUCAUCCGGACGUGAAAUGAGGCCUAUUCAAGAAGAGACAUAUGAGGAGGCACUAGCCGAAGCAGAAUCUGUGAUAGCUGAAGACGUGCAAGUGUACUUAAAAGACAACUCAAAGGGAAGAAUCUUUCAAUGA